CUCUCUCUGUUACUGCCAUGGCGGCUCUAACUUCUGCCAAAUUUGUACUACAUUCUUCAAUACCUGAUCCACAUCCUUCUCGGUUCUCAGCCUCCCCAUCGAAUUUGAUCAAUGCAAGAGCAACCCAGUUGGGGUUUAGGACUAGAUUGCUCCAUCAAGCAAAACCCACAAAAUGGGUGGAGGGUUUUUCUUAUGGUUUAGAAAGAAACAGAGGAUCAAGAACAGAGAGGAAACCAUGGGUGGUGAAGUGUACAGCAGAGGGCAUAGAGGGGAUGUUUGUUGGGGGAAGAGAAAUAGGAGGAGAAGCCGUGAGAGUGCCUGAGAGGUUCAAGGUUGUGGUUCUAUUGGCUUGUGUGAUGUGUCUCUGUAAUGCUGACAGAGUUGUCAUGUCUGUUGCCAUUGUUCCGCUUGCAGCUCAAAAGGGUUGGACUAGUUCUUUCUUGGGUGUUGUUCAGUCAUCCUUUCUAUGGGGAUAUAUUUUUUCAUCAGUAAUCGGAGGAGCCUUAGUAGACAGAUAUGGAGGGAAGAGAGUGAUGGCAUGGGGUGUGGCCAUGUGGUCUUUGGCCACUCUCCUGAGUCCUACUACCUGGGCUGCCAACCAUUCUACAACCAGCUUAUUGGCUGUUCGUGAUUUCUUUGGACUCGCUGAAGGUGUGGCCCUGCCUUCCAUGAGCACUCUGUUAUCAAGGUGGUUCCCAACCCAUGAAAGAGCUAGUGCAGUUGGAAUGUCUGUGGCUGGGUUUCAUCUCGGCAAUGUUACCGGCUUACUACUAACUCCAGUUAUGCUGUCAUCAAUGGGAAUAAAUGGUCCCUUUAUUCUCUUCUCCUCCCUUGGACUGUUGUGGUUGUCGAUAUGGGCAUAUACAGUCACAAAUGAUCCGAAAGAGUUUUUCAUUAGCGAAUCAAAACUCCGGUUGAUCCAAGCUGGAAAAUCGGAUUCUCCGGUAAGCAAUGACAAGUUUCCACCUCUGCGACUCCUACUAUCAAAAUUACCGACUUGGAGUAUCAUUUUGGCCAAUAUAACUAACAAUUGGGGAUACUUUGUUCUGCUUUCUUGGAUGCCGGUUUAUUUCAAGACUGUAUUUAAUGUAAACUUAAAACAAGCAGCUUGGUUUAGUGCUGUUCCAUGGGGAUCAAUGGCUAUAUCCAGCUGCAUUGCCGGCACAGUAUCAGAUUCCUUGAUCAAGGCAGGCUACUCUUUGACAAUAGUCCGUAAGAUCAUGCAGUCCAUUGGUUUCAUUGGGCCUGGAAUGUCAUUGCUUUGCUUGAACUAUACCAACACACCUACGACUGCAGCAGUUCUUCUUACAGCGGCCUUAUGUUUGAGCUCUUUCAGUCAAGCUGGCUUUCUCCUCAAUAUACAAGAUAUAGCUCCCAAGUCUGCCGGAUUUCUCCAUGGCAUUUCAAAUUCAGCAGGGACAUUUGCAGCCAUAGUCAGAACAAUAGGAACAGGCUGUUUUGUUCAAUGGCUGGGAUCGUUUCAGGCAUUCCUAACUGUCACUGCAGCUCUCUAUUUCAUGGCAACCAUCUUUUGGAAUCCUUUUGCUACAGGAGAGCGAGUCUUUUAGGAUGAAAUUUCAAACAAGU